CCUCGUCCUCCUGAUAAGAUUGAGCUGAAAGUUAUGUGUACAUUUUAGAGUAGAGCCUUACUCCAGGAGGGCAACUGAAAAUUGAGCAAGUGGAUAGAACACUACUAUUACGUACUGGAUGUUCUUACAAUCAUCAGGCCACGGUUACUACCGCUAUUUCUAGACAGUGCGUGUGUGUGUGUGCAUUCACCCACUCACAAGCAAAGCACAGAGACAACAACAAGAUCGUUCUUGUAUCUGUAUUCUGGACGGCCCAGGGCGUUCGUUCGCUAGGUUGGGGUGGUAGUGAUCUUGCCCCUGUACAUAACAUUCAUUCAGCUUGAUCGACAUCACGACAAGGCCUCCUUCUUCAGCUAUUUCGUUUGAACGUCACUCACUGAUAAAAUCCGACUCUAUCCGGGCAACUUGGCACAAGUGCGUCAUUUGAGGCCAGGGGAUGCCGAAAAAUAGCUUCGAUUUCUCCUCGAUCCAUUCCGUUCAUCAAGUGAGUUAGUUGCCUUUACACACCUCACUCAUCGCCUGCAAACCCUAUCUUCAAUCGAUCUAUGACCAGUAAGUGAACGCGAGGGUUGCAAUACAAGGCUGUGAGGUUCAAUGCUUGUGUAAUAUUGGUCAAGUGGUUGGCCAACCACAGCUGAUUUAGCCUCACAGACGGAGGCAUCUCAACAUAAAUCCCGAUAUCCAUAAUUGUCCAGACAGGCUGUGUUGGAAAUGGCUUUGGCCGCUAAAUCCACCCCCAUCAAGCCCGGAGUGCGGGUCAUUCGUGGUCCUGAUUGGAAUUGGAAAGAUCAAGACGGGGGCGAGGGUCAUCUGGGCACCAUCGUGGAAAUUGGCAGUGCGGAUGGAUCCAAAAUGGCGGGAUCCUCCACUCACAACCCAAAGGACGUGGUGAUCGUUCAGUGGGACAACGGAGCCCGAUCCAACUACCGCAUUGGCUAUCAGAAUGCAUUCGAUCUCAGGGUGUGGGAUAACGCCCAAAUUGGAACUCGGCAUCCCGCCAUUACUUGUGCCAAUUGCAAGGAGCAAGGCUUUUUCGGGUUCCGAUGGCGAUCCACGGUGGACGGGACCGACUUGUGCAAUCAGUGUUACAUGUCCGACAAAUUGAAUCUGUCCCAUCCCCAUAGACGUUACGAUAGUCCAGAGUCUUCGGGGAGCAUUGAAGUCCCCCCUCGCAAUGGUUGCCGCAAGAUCCUGACCCGUGGGAUAUUGCCCGGUGCCAAAGUGGUCCGAGGUCAUGAUUGGGCGUGGGAAAACCAGGAUGGCGGCAGUGGGAACAUGGGACAAGUGGUAGCGCUCGAGGGCUGGGAAAAUGACACCGGUCGCUCUGUGGUCAAAGUAUUUUGGCCCGUUAAAUCUCAAAAUUAUAACUAUAGAUUGGGACAUCGAGGCAAAGUGGACCUGAAAUAUGUCCCAGACUUCUCCGGGUGGGGCGACUAUUGUUACCCCGACCAUCUACCAGUGGUUGGAAAGCCCGAUACCUCAGGCAUGUCUCAUUCCAAUCCGGCUUCCGCCACGCCCUCUCAGUUUGUCAUUGGUGAGUGGGUGAAGAUCGCAGUGAACGCAUCAACUUUAAAAGUCUUACAAGAAGGCCAUGGAGGUUACAAUACCAAAAUGAGCAAGUUCAUCGGCAAGGUUGGACACAUUCACCGAAUCACCGGCAAAGGUGACGUGCGAGUCCAAUACCUGGGCGAACCUUUGGAGCAGCACCGAUGGACUUUGAACCCCAGGAGCCUGAUCAAGGCAUCAAGGAUUUCCGUUGGAGACACUGUCCAAGUUACCGAGGACAUUGAUCUUGUCAGAGAGAAACAACCCGGACACGGUGAAUGGGAUGAGAAUAUGCAGAAUCUCCUGGGCAAAACUGGAACUGUGGUGAAUGUUUAUGCCGAUGGAGUGGUUCGCGUCGAUAUUCGCGGUCAAACCUGGACCUUUCAUCCCGUUUGCUUGACCCCGGUGUCAAAAGAAACCAAAGUGGAGAUGAAGACCGGACUGGAUCGGACCGGAUCGGCCAAAGAGGAUGCGGAGUUAAGUCAGUUCUUCAAGAGUUGCGAACGCGGUCAAAUCGAGGCCGUGGCCAAGUACAUUAGUACCUUGAACCAAAACCGAGUAGACCUAAAAGCCAUUCGUAAAGGCCUCCAGAGGGCAGCUUGCACUGGCAGUCUUCCCAUUGUGAAGUAUUUGAUCGAGCGGUUCCCUGAACAAGUAGACCUCAAGCACCAGGGCAAGACACCGCUUCUCGUGGCCACUCACCAAGGUCAUUUGGACAUUGUGGAUUAUCUCUUGAGUGUGGGCGCCCAACUGAGUACCAAUGACGACUUUGGCGACCAGGCUCUUCACUAUGCCGCUUUCGGGAAGCAAGCCACCGUUGUCGAGUUCAUCUUGGAACGAGAUGGAUUCGACAUCAAUGCCCUGAACGCCAAGAAAUGCUCUGCCCUCCAUGUGGCUGUGAUUUUGGGUCUUCCAGACUGCGUCGACGCUCUCUUGAAGCACAAUCCUGAUGUGAAUCUAAAAGAAUCGUUUGGCGAUACGCCCCUACAUGAAGCCAUAACCCAAGGGCACACCACCAUCUUCGAUAUGCUUUUGAACGUGUCGAGUAUCGAUUUAACCAUUACCAAUGGGCGGGGCUUCAACCCUUUACAUUGGGCAGCAUUGAAAGGCAAUGCUUACGCCCUGAAGGCCAUCAUUCAGAAGGCUCCCGAGAUGAUCACUCUCGGCAAAGAAGAUGGAUUUACCCCGUUACAUAUUGCGUGUGUGAAUGGUCACAUCGAGUUGGUAAAAGCUUUACUUGCCUCCGAGGGUUGCAAUGUCAAUGCCAAGGAUAAACGAGGUCAAACUCCCCUUCACAGCGCUUGCGAUCAAGGUCUCUAUCGAAUCGUCGAAGUUCUCCUUCACAACGACUUUGGGGCUGAUGUCUGCUGCCGGGACCUCCAAGGGAAUACUCCGCUCCAUCUGGUUUUGGCACGAGAAGAUGACCCCUCGGCCAAACUGAACCAACCCUUAGAUGUCGAUCCAUCCAUUUUGAGCCAAGUCAAGAAGGCUCUAGUCAAAGAUAACCUACAAAAGUGGAUCGCUUUGGCCAUACUGCUCAUCUUAAAUGGAGCUAAUUCCACACUCAGAAACAGGAACGGACACACGCCCUUGGAUCGAGUCAAGGAUCCCGCCUCCAGAACGCUCAUCUAUCAGAAAACGGUUGAAUACACCUCGGAGGAGAUUGGUCAAUUUACGACGGGACAGAGUGUCUCGCCCCGGAAGGCUCGUGGGGCGUGUUCAAGAGCUGCUCCUGAUCCUUCCAAAUUGGUAGAAUGCACGGUUUGCUCCGAAAUGGUCUACCCCUGCAAGUUCAUGCCUUGCGGUCAUAUGGUCGCUUGUGAAGAAUGCAGUUUCCGCAUGAAGAAGUGCAUUGAGUGCAAGCAAACCAUCGAUGAAAAGAUCUUGUGCCCAGAAAUGGACUCUACCCCAAGUCAUUCUUCCGGUGAUGUUCAAUCGACUUCAAGACUCAGAGAUCUGGAGGCCAAAGUCCAAUAUUUGGAGGAUCAGUACAAUUGCUCGAUCUGUAUGGAGAGAAAAAAGAAUGUGGUGUUUCUCUGCGGCCAUGGAUCUUGUUCAGAAUGCGCCGAAACCUUGAAAAGUUGCCAUAUGUGUCGAAAACCUAUAGCUAAAACCAUCAACUUGUAUUAGAAAGGAAGUCGGUCCAUAUAUGCCGAUUUCGAGACUUGGUGUGCAAUUAUGACCAUUUUGGAUUCGCCAUGCGUCAAUUCUAUUCUUUGUUCAAAAUCAUCGUUUCCACGCAGAUUAAUUGCUGUUGUAUUAUCAUUAUCUUGUGCACUCCACUUGUGAUAUUUGGAACCGUCAUUGUACCAAAAUUAUCAUCUAUUUUAUUCUUACCACGCAGUUCAAUUAUACUAAACCAAACAAAUUUCAUUACAAAA